CACUUAAACUAAAUUAAUAAGCAAAACACAUUAUGAAUCACUUUUUUCCUGAAAAACUUCUAGGUGAAGUUUUCUUUGAUGAACCUCUUUCAUCUACAAAUCAAAGUAAUUUUGUUCAUGCACAACAACAACCUUAUUCUACACAAAAUCCAAGUGCUUUUGUUCAAUAUAGAGACCAACCCAUAAUUAGUUUUGGUGAAGAGAGUUCUUUAAAAGGGUCUAAUUCAAAUUCCAUGAACAAGCGAAUGGUUGCAUUUUUGAGAAAAAAAGUGGCUUUAGAGAGAAAUAAAGCGGUGGAAUGUGAAAGAGAACGUGGUUAUAAACACAUGAUUAGUGAAAGAAUGAGGAGACAAAGACAGAGACAGUGUUGUUUGAAUUUACAUUCAGUGUUACCUCAUGGAACCAAAACAGAUAAUAAUUCGGUAGUGCAAACAGCAGCUAAGGAAAUUCAAAGGCUACAAAGAUGCCAAGAGGAAUUGGAGAGGAAAAACUUUGAGCUUGAAUCAAAUGUUGUUGAUGGAAGAAAAUUUAAGUAUUUGAGAGUGCCAAAUCCUACAUCUGGAAUUGAUUCUAUAGUUGAGACACUCAAAUGCUUGAAAGGUCAUGGUGUGGAUACUAGAAGCAUCAAGUCCAAUUUUUCAAAGAAGGAAUUGUUUGCAGCCUUAGAGCUAGAAAAUGAGAUUGCAGGUAGUGAUGUGGAAAGGACUAUUCAAAGAACACUCGAUGAACUUGAGAGGAAGCUUCAUUCCCAUGUCCCGGAAUGUCCUAAUAAGCAAAUAAUAGAAUAUGAAGAGUUUGGAUGAAUUUUAUUUUUUUUAACUACUUGGAUUUAUAGAUAGAAAAAUGUCAGGUCAAUUGACUUUUAUAUUCUAAUAAGCUACAUAUAGUGUGUGAAUGAGUGGUUUGAAUUAUUACUGUAUAUUAUUGACCUAUAUUGGGAAAAGGUUUUUGGAUAGAAUAAAUUAAUUAUUCGUUGGAUGAACAAGUACUCAUAUUGUUGCAUUUUAACACAAA